AUGAGAUCAAAUGAACGUACUGAACGAGUGGGAGUGUUGCACACAGUAUCACUUCUCCCUUUUACAUCUUCGCAGGGCCAUACGGACAACAAGCGGGUACAGACCCCACUUGAGCACGAGCUCGAAAAUGACACGAUAGCCCACCGACAGAAACAUCAAAAUGUAUCAAUUUGGAUGUUAUUUUCAAAAGUGUUCAUCUGGGAGAUCUUGGCCAUGAUUUUGUCCACCGUGCUCUUACUCGCGAUCGUUAUGGUCCUCGAUAAUUACAAUCACCGUCCUCAACCGACUUGGAAAUAUGUGUCACUGAACUCCGUAAUCUCCUGGCUAGGGACCAUCGCUAAAGCUUGUGUCUUGUUCUCUAUAAGUGAGGCACUGGGACAGCUGAAAUGGGUCUGGUUCACCCAAAAGAGGCGACCGAUGUCCGACCUUCGCACCUUCGAUUCAGCCAGCCGAGGAAUAUAUGGUAGUGCAGAGUUGAUUUGGAAUUUACGGGCGAGACACUUUGCUGUUCUGGGCUGCUUAGCGGUUAUAUUAGCACUCGGAUUUGAUCCUUUCACCCAGAACUUGAUUGAAUAUUAUCCCAAACUUGUUGCCGAUAGCACACAAACUGCAAUUGUAUCGAUUAGCUCUACAUACGACGCCCUGGGACCACCGAGAGAUGCCUCGAACUAUAUUGAACCAGGAAUGAAAGCCAACAUCUAUAAUGCGGUAUUCAAUAGCGACUCCUCAAAGCCGUGGUCCAUCCCGCGGUUUAGCUGUACCUCGGGAAACUGCACCUGGGAUCCGGCCGCGACAAUGGCAAUGGGCGCAAGCUGCGCGAAUAUAACAGAAAAGUUGGACUCCCGGUGCAGUAUCAUUACAGACGAUUCGACCGGAUCUGGAUACAAGGGAUUCAACAACUGCUCUAGUCAUCUUCCCGGCGGUGAUAGGUCAAUGGGUGGGACUCUCGCCGUGAAUUACAUUUUAAACUCGUCCAUUGGGACAUUGAUUACUAUAGGAUCAAUUGGGCGCUUUGUUUACAAGGACACCAUCAUAAAUCCUGUUCAGAUCAUUGCCAAUGACCCUGAUGAUAGAACGAAAUGGCAGGCAUUCGAGUGCGCUCUUCGCCCCAUUGUACGCAGCUUCCGUGCAAAAGUGAUCGAAGGCGAAUAUCAAGAAGAAACCCUGGGCAUUUGGCAAGAUGCAAAGUUUUCAAGUGAGAGUAUGCUACGCGGUCACUACAGGUUACAACCUCCCUGGGGGCCAGAUAUGGGCAUGGAGCACAACAAAACCUUCAUUAUAUCUCAAGAGGCAAUAGACACGAUUCAAGGGUUCUUUCCCCCUCUCUUCACGGGUCGCAUGGAGAACAAUGGGUUUGGACAGGUUAUUAAGCCCAACACAAAUACCAUCCACGCCAGUGGGGAUGUGAUACAGGCCAUCUCAUCCCAGGCCUCGAACAUUACCGGCUGCACCGUCCAGUCUGCCGAGAAACUCCGCUGUGCCGUGGAGAAUGUGGCUGCAGCAAUGUCCAAAUCAUUCCGAGACACUGCGUUAUCCACGCAGGAAAAUUCAAAUAUCACUGGCAAGGCGAUGACCAGCAAGACAUAUGUCUCUAUACAUUGGCAGUGGAUCGCUCUUCCGAUUUUAGUGUGGUUCUUAGGACUUUUGACUUUGGUGGGCGUGAUAUGGAAGACUCGGAAAAUCAGUGCUCCGACAUGGAAAAAUGAUGUGAUGCCCCUGUUAUCCAUAUGUGAAAAUGGUCAUGAAAAUGGCUAUGAGAAUGCCAAAACCGAGGAGAAGGUAUCAGGUGCAGAGAAGAUGAAUAUAGGAAGAGAUGAGUACUCAGCGGUAUAG